AUGGAGGACCCUGAGAAGAAGCUGAACCAGAAGAGCGACGGCAAGCCCCGGAAGGUCCGAUUCAAAAUCUCUUCCUCCUACAGCGGCCGAGUGCUGAAGCAGGUCUUCGAAGAUGGGCAGGAAUUAGAAUCGCCAAAGGAGGAAUACCCUCACAGUUUUCUCCAAGAGUCCCUGGAACCCAUGGAUGGUGUCUACGGGUCUGGGGAAGCCCCCAAGCCCCGGUCCUACUCCCCUAAGCUGACUGCUCAAAGGAUCAGUGUGUUCAGAGAGGGCAAUGCCUACACGUUGGCGGGCAGCCAGCCUUUCUUCAACGAUUUCAAGGCAAAUGACCAUAAGUCCCCACCUAUUAUAGAUUUUGGAAAGAUAAUCAUCUACACGAAUAACCUGAAAAUCAUUCGAACCCCAAUGGACAAGAGAGAUUUCAUGAGGAAAAUUCUCCAGAAGGAAGAGGAGAUCGAGGAAGAGGCUCUGAUGACCAAAGAGGAAAUCUAUGGAGAUAGCGACCAGAACAACGGGCCUUUGGCGGAGACAGAAAGCACGUUCCCCCACAACCAGUACCCCCAGGAAGGGGAGCUACCAGAUGACAACUGCUUUCACUGCCGAGGCUCGGGCAGUGCCACCUGUUCUCUGUGCCACGGCAGCAAGUUCUCCAUGCUGGCCAACAGAUUUAAGGAGUCCUACCGGGCCCUGCGAUGCCCUGCCUGCAACGAGAAUGGCCUACAGCCCUGCCAGAUUUGCAAUCAAUAG